UCUGCUGGGAUCCAGACAAACUACGUUAUUCUGAGAUGCUCUGCACCAGUCAUACUCUGCUUUUUGCAACCUGCAUCAGCUUUCUCCUCACACGUGGAGGAGAUGCUCUCAAGUGCUAUAAAUGUUCAACGAUAAGUGAGUCAAAACGUUGUAAGCCAGCUGAGUUCUGCACGCUUCCCAGGAAAAAUGGAACAUGUGCUACCGCCAAACUCUAUGAGAAUGAGAAGCUCAUUCGGAUAGUUUAUGAUUGUCGGCCAGAAGAAAUAAAAACUUGUGAUACUACACAGGUGCUAUCAAACAACCUCCGUGCUAAAAUCAGUUGUUGCAGGAACAAAGACUUUUGCAAUGAUUAAACACAGAUGAAUCUAAAA